CACUGUGUGUCGUCAAAACUCUUUUUGAUACGCCGAUCCGUUCAAACUGGCAGUCCGCAGCUCCCAUUGCAUGCACUUGUAUGCGUAUCGGCCAUUGGGACUAAAGAACACCAUCUUCACUAGCCAGAGACAAACGUCACGCAUCUGUGCGAGGCAAAAACGGUGCGUACAAAGGGAUCAAACAUGGGAUGGAUUGGGGAGAAAAAGGCCCGGCCAGGUGAGACAAGGCGACACAAAUGAGCGCGACAGCCAAGGGAGAGGAAUGAUUAGGCAACCAGCUUAGCUUGUUGGAAAAAUGAUCCACACAGGCGAGGAACGACCGACGACAGCACUCGCACUCGGGCCGCUUGUCGACAAAAGAAACGAGUGGAUACGAUAACGAUACACGUCACUCAGGGGGAUGGAUGGAUGGAUGGAAAACACUUACGCAGAGGAGCUAGCCAUGUGUUGCCCUCCAUCAUCACCCAUGCGACAGACACCUCGGAUCUCAUGAAUGCUCCAGCAGUGAGUGAACUGAGCGCCGUGGUGCCACACCGGCGAGGACGGCCGGCAAUCAACCACACGACGCGCAGCAAGAAGAUACAUUAGCGAGUCGAUACCGUGGAUGCGGUCUACACAUGUUCUUAUGCAAACAAAGGCGACGUGAGUGAUGGUUCUCGUCUUUUCCCGUCUGCUCUUGGAGCGGCCCUCCAGGCUCACUUCAUCUGACUCAGCCCGGCAGACAGAGAGAGAGCCGUGGAAAAGCCGCAGUGUAAGCAGGCGCAAGAAAGACAGAGGGACGUCAUUCACCAAAGACGGAUAGCACACGCACACAGCGAAAAACGGAAGGUUCCAUACAUUGAUUCACAAACAUGGAGGGGACCACCCCGAGCAGUCAGACCCCUGCAUCAUCAUCCAUCCACACUUACACACACUGCACCCCGCUUACACAUGCAAUGCAAUGCACGUCCACCCACCGCCCUCAGCAUUGCUUGCUUGCUCAGGCAGGCAAAACAUCCCAGUCAACACCUAGGCAAGGCCCCAUCAAUCCCUCCCCCCUCUCUCUCUCUCCCUCUACGGCCAGCCUACCACUCAUCACCGCCACUGCCCGGCUCCCACUCGCCAUCAUCGGCGUCACCACCAUCGGCCUCAGGCCCAUCAGCAGCCUCAUCCUGCCCGCCCUCUCCCACUUCGUCGCUCUCGUCCCCCUCUCCGCCAUCCCCACCAUUCUCGUCAUUCUCAUUGCUGCCGCUCUCCCCCUCUUCCAUGGAGUCAGAUGAGGCCUCCGCCUCUUCUUGCUGUUGCUGCUGCUCAGUUCGGUCUUGGAUGCGCAGCGAGCGGCGAGGCGGGCUGCACACAGACAGACAGACAGACAGACAGACAGGUGAACCACAACAGGAUGGGUGGGUGGAUGGAUGUGGCCCGGUGUGUGUCCGUCCAUACGUUGGCAUAUCGCGACGUGCCAUCAGACGAGUGAAGAGAUUACCACCGCGCCCAAGACUGCAUCACAAUAGAACGACCCACAAACACACACACACACACACACACACAGAGAGAGAGAGAGAGAGAGCGAUGUGGCAGAAGAACGCAGCGUCUCGGUGCUCACAAGGGGAGGAUGUUCUCAUUGUUAUCGUCAUCGUCUUCGGGUGCGUUGAUCUGCAGCACCUGGGGGAGUCGGGAGAGGGGCGUGAGCUCUUGGUGGGAGAAGUAGGGAUCGCCCUGGGCUUCGCUGAGACGCAGCAGGGGAUGGGGGCUGCACACACACAUGCACACAUAGCCAGACAGACAGAGAGAGAGGGAGGGAGAACAAGACACAUGAGAACCCCAGCAGCAGUUCUACGUGCCAAUACGUGUACAGGUAUGUGUAUGUAUGUAUGUGUAUACGGAUGGAUGCAUACGACACCGCUCAGGUACGUACGAAUCAAAUCGUUUGACCAGUCAAAACAAACAAAUGCAUUGCGGUCCCCGCCCACCACACUCUACCUACCUACACACACAUUGCCCCUACUACUGCGCCCUAGCCACCCCACCCUGACUAGCCACGGCUAGUGCCCCCUGCUCCUGCGCUUCUCUUCGAAGAACACAUACGUGACAUACGCAUGCAGGAAGAAUAUCGUCAACACAUGCACUAUCAGCACCACAGUCGCCAUCGUCCGCGACAGAUUGACGGGCGGCAAGGCGUCCUCCUGACGCGGCAGCCGGCGGGGGAUGGGCGUCAUGCGCAUCAGAUGACCGAACAGGGGCCGAUGGUGCACGUGGUACAGCUGCAGCUGGGGGCUUGGGGUGGUGGCGGGGGUGGCGGUGGGGGAAGGGCUGACGGAUCGCGCCGCAGCAUCGCCCCUCUCCCAGUGCCUUCUGGGCCCGAUGGUGGGGUGCAGUAGGCCGGGCAGCGAUAUACGCAUGUUCCAUAUCUGGCCGCUACCCAAUGGAAAAAGGCAAGGAAGAGUAAGUGGAGCCACGCCAUGGUAAAUGGCCGGCCGUUGUGUGCACACAUACACAUACAUACAUACAUACAUAUGAAUAUGCAUACGCACAUACACGCGCCCUCGCUGCCUGCCUGCCUCUCUCUCUGUGUGUGUGUGUGUUGUGUGUGUGUUGUGUGUGUGUGCCCACCUGUUGCUGGUAUUGCGGUAGGCGAGCAGGGGUGGGUCUGGUGUGAGGUGUGCGGGGUCCACGAGCCGCUGCCACCGAUCCACACUGACGACCAUCCGAUCUGCCAACGGAUGGAAGGGGUAGUGCACCUCACCGCUACGCAACACUGACCACACACACAGACAGUGACAAAAAGGGUCACUUGCGCCACAGAGCACAAGUAGGUGUAUGCGAGUGUGCGUCUUCGCACUCACCGUCGGCGUUGAAGUGUCUCAGAACUCGUUCCUGGCCGGCAGCGAAUGGCCGCCAUACCCGCAGGUGCAGCCGCGGGUUAAAGUGAGGCACCAACGAACCUGCAGACACCAACACAAUCCAAUCAACACGACACAGUCAGUCAGCCCCCGCCGGGAGCUUUGCGUACGCGUCUCUGUGUAUGAGGUCUCUCUCCGCUCGGUCGUCUGCCCGGGAGUGCUGAUAUCCCGCAUAACGCCCUCGCCCUCCCCCUCUCCCCCCUCUACCGCACCAGCAGCGGCUGCCGAUGCCGAUGAUGCUUCUGCCGCCGACGCACUAGCAGAUGCGGCCGCCUGGCUGUCCGGCUUGGCCUCUUUGUUGUCGGUGAUGCAGCCGAACACCGAGUUGUUAAUACGAUGGCGCCUUCUCUGGCUGGGGCCGCCGCGCACAGUGUCAAUCAGCUGGAAACAGGGCCUGCUCUCCGCCGCUCGCUGCCUCGCCCACGUGGUGGCUUCCAGCUCGGCGAAGUAUGCCUGGUGCCGGUCCUCCGGUCGCUCUGCCUCCUCAUCGUCGCUGUCUGACCAGCCCGACGGCGAUGCCUGGUCCUUCUCGGCGCCGCCUCCACCGCCAGCAGCGGCUGCUGCUGCUGCUGGUGCUGCUGUUGGUGCGGCAGCCGGCUUCGGCGCUUCCUCAGCUAGCCGAUCGUUGUGGUCACUCGCGGCUGCUGGCUGCGCCUUGGUGCUGUCUGGUGGCUGCUGCGCAGCAUCAGUACUGCGCCGGUCCCUCUCUCGCCGCCACUCCGCCAUCUUCUGCAGCCUGGCCCUCGCGGCCCUCUGGCGACCGGCCUGCCUGGCCCGCUCGGCACGCACCGCCAGCAACUGCGCCAGACGCACCCUGCUCUCGACGGCCGCUAGAUCCGCCGAUGCACCCUGGUCUUUGCGCUUGAUCGAUGGGCCGCCAGGGAAGAACGAAGGGGGCUGCGGGGGCGGGGGCGGGGGUGAGGGCGGGGGCCCCUUUGGACCUGGGGGCGGGCCGAGGGAUGGAUAGUCGAAGAGACGGCGGAUGAAUCGCCUGGCUGGCGGAGAAGGGGGCGAUGCGGCCGGUGCGUCAGGUGUGGCGCCGAAUGUGCGUGCGUCGGGGGGGAUGGACAUGGGGGGGAAGUAAGCAUCGACGUCAAACUGCACCCAUGCACACACACAGAGAGAGAAGCCAGAAGGAAUAUUGCAUGUGAUAUGGCCCGCAGCCUCCCUCUCUCCAUGUGUGUGUGUGUGACCUUGAACGGUUUGGCUCCGAAGUUGAUCUCUAUGGUACAGCUACAAUCUACACCCACGCACGCCUGAAGGGCGGAUGACACCACACACACACACACACACACGAAGCACAGAAUGAAAUGACAAACAGCACACACUGAUGCCGCCUCCCUCUCCUCACCAGCAGUGGCUCAUCGGUGGCGAGAUCAAACGCAGGCCCCAGGUACUCUCCAUUGAGCGUGUAGAAUAUCUGCCGGUGGGCCACCUUCCGCAGCACGCCCCUCUCGUCCACCCCACACACAAUCGGCCGCUCCGUCGCCGCCUUGAAGUCCGCCAUGUCGCUGGCACGCUCCUCAGCCAGGACCUGCCAGGGCGACUUGACUGGGGGGCGGGGCUGGCCGUCUGCCUCGCCGCUGCCCUCUGCCAUGUCGUUGUCGUCUUCGUCUGCGCCGGCGGUGUUGUUUGGGUUGGACCGCCAGAAGAGAUCGAAGGACUGUGGGAUGGUGAGCUGCCUGUGGUCGUGCCGGAGGUUCCACUGCGGCUGGAUGUAGGGGUCGCCCUCAAACACAUACACGAUGCCGCAGCCUGACAGUAAUGGGAUGGGAUGGGGGAGAUGAGAGAGGGGGAGGGGAGGGGCGUUGCAUGGUGUAUGGUGAAUGUACGGUAAAGUGGUGUGUAGGUUUGCGUACCGACAAUGUCACCGAUGCCGAAUUUGUGCGUCCAAUCCACACCGCGGGAGCCGCUGCUGCUAGGACAGACAAGACACACACACACGGCACAGAAGUACGUCGAUGGAUGGAUGGAUGGAUGCGUGUGUGUGCUCAUGCCAUGCCAUGCAUGUCCCCACUCAGCCACCCACCCAGCCGUUCACCUACCCGUGGAACAGGUGUCCGUCGUCGCCGUGCCAUCCCCACGACUGGUUGUCCCACCCCGCCUGCUUGCUGUUGGGGUUGAACUGACGAGUCGCCAAACCUGCACACACCACACAGAGCGACAGGUACGUACAGAGGAAGCGACGCUGCCUCGUGUGCGUGUGUACACAUACCGACUGAGACGCAUUCUACGGGGAGGGGCGCGUCAUCCCUUUUGACGAGAUUGAGCCGCCGCCUCAGCCGCGAGUGGCCGUUCCCCCGCACACAUCCCUUGUCGUUCCCGCCACCCACAUGCAGACUGAUCUCGUAGUAGUGCGCUACACGGUACCCCGCCACGAAUCUAUACCCAUCCGCCCCCUCCUCCAUGGCCCGCUCGAACGACGCCCGGUCGCUGUGCAGCGGGCUGUGGGACUGGGCGCGCUUUCUGCUGGUAAAGAGGGCAAAGUCGGCCAUCAGCGCGUCUGCUUCCUGUGCUAGUGGCUGCUUGGUGCGGGUUGGGGGCGGUGGUGCGGGUGUGGCCGGUGGGUUCGGGGUGGUGGACUUGUGUGGGUGGGCCACGACGGAUGACGUGAAGAUGUUGGGCAGGAAGGCGUCGGACACACAGCAACGGUCUGCACAGAGUCACAAACAUAUACACGCACACGUACGUAUGUCAGAACAGAUCUGCCUCGUCCCCGUGUCGUGUUGGUACGACCAUCGCCAAAGCCUUCAGUGAGGCUCGCAAAACGAAGCCGGCCCUCCUGGGAAACACAAACAGACAGACAGACACACACACACACACACAGACACACACACACACACACACACACACACACACACACACACACGAGUCUCUUACAUGUGUCCCGAGCCACACCACACACACACACACCCACCCACCCACCUUGUCGGCCUUAAGCUCGACUUCCCGCGGGCACAGGUCGCGCUGGAAGCCGACGGGCAUUGGGUCGAGGUCAUGGUAGAACUGACCAAUUGACCAACAAACAGACGGCAAGAUAGCACUUCGUGAUCGAGUGACGAGAAGACAGAGAGAGAAACACUUGUCUACAGAUUCCCAUACGUACAUUCUCCCAGGAGCGGUCAACCGAGCCGCUCUUGUCCAGCACCAGAGGCCUGCUGGGAAGUGCCCACUCGCCCGCACACAGCUGCUUGAAACAGUACUGAUAACGCGCCGGCGGGUGGUCGGCAAACUCGUGACACGUCAGCUGAUGGAUGGAAUGGUACAUAGAUGGAUGAUGGACGAUUGGAUGGACAAACAACACACCGAAAGAAUGAAUGCUGUGGAUCUGUCUGUGUGUGGAUGAGCGUCUCCACUUUCCCCUCCCUCCCUCCCUGACCACUCCUCACCUUCAGGCGCUGGAGUGACGGCGCGUCGAGAAACUCCAUAUAAAAGGCCUCCUCGAUAGGCACCACGUGUAUCCAGGCCGGUGCAUCGGUGUCCAUCUCUACUGCCGCCUCGGCGGCCUGCGCCGCGCUGUUGUCACCCCCUACCUGCAUCGUCAUUGUGUCGCCUGACGUGCACCAGACGGAUGGAUGAAUGCCGCAACGUGACGACGGCUGUUUGUCAUCCCGAUACAGCCAGUCAACCAGGGCAAGCCGCCCUGACGAACGAGAAAGAUC